AUGAAUCCUUCUCAGUGGUCCCAUGGCCAGUUGCCACCACCUCAGUCUCACCAGCUGCAGCUCGAGCAGGAGUAUGACAUCGACCCUGCUCAAUUCCAAGUCCUCCAGACCGAUGGAAUGCAGCGCUAUGAACGUCGCCAGGCACAAGCGCAAAAUAUGGCGUAUCCUACAUACGCACAGUCGUAUCCUCCCGAGAAUUCACAGCAUGCUUAUGGGUAUACAGAUCCCAGUCUAAACGUCCAACAGUCUCAGAACUUGGAUGCUUUGUAUGGGGCUAAUGUCCAGUAUCCUGCGUCGAGUGAGACUCAGACUACCUACCAGCAGCAAUACCAGCCAACAAGCAACGCCUACCUUAGCCCGUACAGCAACGCUGUUCAUACGUACACCUCUUCGUAUGAUUCUCAUGCUCCACAGAGUACAGAUGUGCACAUCGGUCAGAGCCAAUCUAACUCAAGGGACCACCUCGCGCCGAUAAGCACAUUCCAAACGGUGCGCCGCACGAGUUCGCAACAGUCGCUCUACGUAUCACCCUCAAGUACCUUAUCGAUGACGCCGUAUUCAUCGCAUUCGUCUUCCGCGGAGCCGAGCAUUGAUAUGCAGGCGGGCGGGUUGUUCAAGGAUGAUCCGUCUUACCAUCCACAAAUCCCACCGCCUACUUUGGAGCAAGCAUUGGGUGCACAUGCGAUGAAGAGAGCACGAGGACUCAUAGACGAUUUCCAUGACAGCGAUGAUGCCGGAGUGGAGGCCGAGGGGCAAGUAGAGGGGCCGCACACAAAGGCAGACGUGAAACCAAAGUUACCGGGCGCGUGCAAACGAUGCAAGGGCCUCAAGGUCAGAUGCGAGUUCAUCACCGAUCCCGAUACUUGCAAGCGAUGUAAGAACGGGGGGCACGAAUGCGUGAUCCCAGGACGGAAGAAGCGUAAACCGCCGCCCAAACGGGAGUAUCUUUUAAAUCAAAUUCGUGACCAAGCCGAGCAAAUCAAAGUCCUAAUUCAGCAACUAGAUGAAGCGAAUCGUAUGGUGGCGAAACGACGCUCUCUGGCCAACUCUGGUUCUCCACUCCAGUCUACAGACCGAACCUCAUCGCUCUCUAUCAGCCCCGGCGAACUGACCUCCCCAGACAUAGUAACACCGAAGGAGGAGGAUGAAGUCGCUCCGCAAGAAGUGCAGGACUGGAUCUCUAAGGCCCGCGAGUCUAUUGAAGCCUUCGGAGGAUUCAUUAACAUGGGUGGGCCCAGCGUCACACGCGAGAUGCUCGGCGAUGAAGGAAGCGACGGUAGUGAGGACAGCUCAGCAGAGUUCGACGUCUCGGCUGACGGCGCCGAUGCAGAAGAGACUGCAUUCGAUGUGGGAGCAGACGGUGAGGGAGAAACAUUCCAGAGCUUCCCUAUUCCUGAAGGUAUGGAGGGGCACAUCGUUGGCAACGAGAGCUUCACGAGUGACGAUAACGGAGGUGUCGCCGGACGUGGCCGUGGCCGUCUGCGCAACAACUUCUCACGUGAAUCGACUGAGAGUGCCCCGGAUACUACGCAUAGCGGCAAGAGAGGCGGCGGGGCGACGAAAUUGGCCAUACUUCCGAGCGAGUCUGUUCCGUUCGGCCUGAUGGCAAAUCUCGCUCUCAGAAAGAAGGGCAAGCGGCGCUCUAGCCGGGAUAGGGAUGCCGUCGGUGCGGAGGACAGCCAAACUGAGGUUGGAUUGGCGAAUGACAAUUACUUCAGACCGAGUGCCGCUCCUGAACGUCCAAUUAUCCAAGAAGCGCACCAGCCUCCGCAUAUUCUUAGGAAUGGUUUAGUCAGUCCCGCUGAGGUAGAGAGGUUGUUCGCCAUAUACUUCGACUACAUGAACCUCUCUGUGUCUCUCUUAGAUCCAGUACUCUACACUGCGCAGAAGACAUACUGGCGCAGUCCCUUCUUGUUCACAGUCAUCUGUGCGAUUGCUUCUAGGCACUACAAUAUGCGUCCUGAGUUGUACCAACAAGCUAUGAAGUAUGCACGCCUCGCCGCAGGCACAGCUCUGAUCGGUGGUCAAAAGAGCGUAGAAGUUGUCGAGGCAUAUAUCCUCUUGGCUUUGUAUCCCGUGCCUGUACGGAGAUGGGAAGAAGACCGAUGCUGGUUAUAUCUAGGCCUGGCUAUCCGAGUAGCAACGGAUCUGAAUCUACAUCAUCCAAACACUCCGAGUCCUGACAAUGAAAUGCACGCUCGCGAGAUGCUAAACCGUACACGUGUGUGGCUGAAUUGCUUCAAUCUCGACCGAUCCACCAGCUCGCAGUACGGGAAGUCAUCGAUCAUUUCUAACUCAGAUUACACCGCGAAUCACUCCGAGUAUUGGUGGAAGUGUUCGCCAUUCAACAUGGACGGUUUCGACAUUCAGCUCUGUUGUUACAAUGCGGAACUCAAAGUUAUGGCGGAUUUCCGUUCGCGUAUUUACAGCGAUCCGACGCAUCCCACCGGGCUGAAUAAGAAAUUGGACUUCACGAAGAUUGCGAGCGAUUUCGACGAUCAUCUCUCCCGUCUUUGGGAAACGUGGAUUGCUCGUGUCCGUGAAUGCCAGACGGAUGACCCUCAGUGUCAUUUCCGAACAGGGCUUUUGAAACUUGCAUACAGCUAUGCUCGUCUUACAGUGCUCGCGGUUGGAUUUCAACAUGGCAAGGUCACGAGCAGUAACGAGGUUCCCUUCCUGUGGCGAUGUCUGCGUGCUGCUACCGACGUUGUCAACGCGGUUGUUGAUGAUAUCGGAAUACCUAGUCAAAAGGUCUAUCUACGUCACGGGCCUGAAGCCCAGAGUGUAUUCGUGACCUUCGCUUCUGCCUUCCUGGUUAAGCUCUUGCAACCUAAAUACACUGCAUUUAUCACCAGAGAGCAGCGGAUUGAGAUACGCGACCACGUUCAGCGAGUCAUUGAUCUCCUGGGCUCGCCAGAAGUGGGCAUUGACGAUCGGCACGGUCCCAAACUAUACUCGCUUUUCCUGAAGGGUCUGCUGGCGACUCCUAUGGCGAGGAUAGACCAUUCACCAGGAUCUAUCAACCGUGAUACUUUUGCAGCGCGACGAGUAGCGCAAAAGUACCAGAAGAAUCAAUUGUCUUCGUCGUCAUCGUCACAAUCAGACUUCGGACAGUCUGCUUCACCACCCCCGAGUUCCGGUUCAAGCCUGAAUACAAACUCUCCUCAACAGAACCCACUGUCAGUGGGUCCAUACGGGCCACAGACGCAACCCGGACCUACAGUGUUCCAGUCUCAGUACCCAACUAUAUCUCAGAUGAGCACACCCGAAUUCCUUGCACCUCCCUUACCUUUCGACCAUGAAAUGAUACAAUCCAUGCAAUCGCUCACUGACCCCAACAUUUGGCCGGAUAUUGCUUUACCUGGCUUCAACUGGAUGGGUAUGCAAACCGACUCUGGUGUCCAAGGGGUAAACGUGGUGGUGUGA